AUGAAGUUAUCUGUCUUAACAGCCUUGGCUUCCGUAUUGGUCGCUGCUGAUGCUAUUCAAGUCUGGAAACGUCCUACUGUGGAAGAUGCUGCGGUUAACGCUAGAACUUUGAUUCAAAGAGAAUCUUUAGCAAACAUCAACACUGUUUAUCAAGAAGGUGACGAUAAAGGUUUACCUGCUUCUUUUGUUGAAUACUAUACCGAUUGUGGUGAUGGUAAUCCAGUUAUCUUAGCUAUUGAUAUGGCUACUUCUUUCAGAAAUGUUAAAGGUGGUUCCCCAUAUUCAUUGACCGUUAGAGUUGGUGAUCACGCACCACAUGAACAAGUUGAUCCAAGAUAUCCUGGUAGUAGACCUCAUUCAGUUGCUGGAUCUCCAAGAAUCAAUUUGAGAGGUAAAUUUGAAACUGUUAAAGAAGAAGAAGUUGAUGAAUUACAAAAAUGUUUCUUAAAACGUCAUAAAGAUGCUGCUUGGUGGUUACCAGGUAAUCCAAUUCAUUCAUCACAUUUUGUUAAAUUUAUGGUUGAUGAAGCUUAUUUCUUAGGUGGAUUUGGUGAUACUGGUUAUAUUGGUAAGAUUCCAAAAGAAUUAUAUCAAAAUGCUUCUUCUAUUGACAAUGGUCGUCCAGAACAUCAUGAAGAUGAUAAAGAAGAAUUUGUUAAACAAUUAUCUGAAGGUGAUGGUUCAAAUUGGGGUUAUGAUGCUUAUAUGUUACAACAUAGUUUAAAAUCAUCAAUUAAAUCUACAUUCAAGAAAAUUGAUGGUGAAAUCAAAGCUUUAAAAGAAUUAUUGAAUGAAGAAAAGGAAAUUAAAGAAGGUCAAACUUAUGCAGAUGAAGAACAAUUAAAAGAAUUUAUCAAGGCUUCUAAAAAUAAAUUUUCCAAAAGAAAUGAAGAACAAGUCCCAUUAACCAUUCCAGAAGUUAAUCUUUCAUCUGAACAAAUCAACAAAUUGAUUAAUGAAUUAGAACAAUUAAAGACUGAUUUCUUGCAAUUUGGUCAAAAAUUAAUCGAAAAAACUACUGGUGAUAAAAAAGUUGAGGAAUUAAAAUUAGAAGAAGUUGAAGAAAGUGAUGAAGAAGAAGAAUUUAAACCAAGACACCGCAAUUUUAAACACAAAAAAGCUAAAUGUAAUGGUAAAGGUAGAAUUGGGAAAGAUCAUAAAGACGUUGGCUUCAAGAAACAUCAUGAAGGAAAACCAAACCAUCAUGAAAGAAGACCAAAACAUCAUGAAGGAAACCCAGAGGAUCAUGAAAGAAGACCAAACCACCAUGAAAGAGGACCAAAACCAUUAUUAGCUAUGAUUUUUGACUUCUUCACAGGUGGUAACCCAGAACACUUAGGUCCAAGACCACAUCAUUCAGGUCCAAAAAAACCACAUCAUUUCAAAGAUGAUAAUGAAGAUGAAUUGAGUAAAGAAGAUUCAAAAGAGUUCAAACAUUUUAAACAUCAUGAUUUCAAACAACGUCGUCCAAAAAAUGUUAAAUUUGAAUCAGAUUUUUCAUCAGAAAAACGUUCACCAAAGAACAUCAAAUUAGGUCUUGAAAAUAUUAAUUUAGAUUAA